CUUUAAUUUAGCGGAAUAUUAUGAUGGAAAAAACUUAAUUUUCGUUUUAAAUACUACAAAAUAUCGUCAAUCACGAAGCAGAACAAGCAGCUAGGUCGUCAAUCGGUGUCCUCAAUGAUCUCAUCACUUGGUUCGUCUGUCACCAACAGCGUCGUGGCAUAUGCUCCAAGUAUGGAAAAAGGUAUGAAAUUUUCAGGAGGAGUCGUAGCGGCAGUGCUGGCCAUUCGCUAUGCCGGCAGCUUGCGCUCAGCCUGCGUCCUUGGGCUGCUGUCGGGUCUAUUUACACACUCGCUUUACGCGGAUGUUUUACGCAAGAAACAUCGUCGAAUUGACAAGAGGAAAGUUGAGCAGGAAGAAAACGCGGUAACAAUCAGCAGCUAACGAAAAACGUUCCUGUCAAUCGUUCUGGCUUUAAAUCGGACAUUUUUGGGUUUUGUGGAGCCUGAUUUGUAGCGACU